AUGAGGAAUGAAGAAGCCCCUUAUCACCUCUCGAUGCUCAAGAACAUCAUCAACGUCCACCACGGCUUCACAAAGUCCUCUCAAUGCAUCAACUCCAUUCUUGGCAGCCACGACCAAGCAGGCAACCGCCAAGGGGGCCAAACAGAUGGGAAGCACGGCAAGUACUUCGUCUCCCUUUUUGGCGGCAGAGAUAAUUGGCACGCGAGGGCUCAGUGCCGCAUGUGGUACGCGCUGCAGGCGGUGAGCCGGGGGCUGCCGAUGCUGUUUAUGGGCAGCGAAAACCUCCAGGGGGAUUUUUGGAAUGUCCAAAAAGGAAAAGAAAUGAACUGGACUCUUCUCCACGACCAGCUAGCCACUCAGAUGCGCGCGCUCGUGGCAGCAGCAAACAAUCUGCGGCUGUCUUUCGCAGAGCUGACUGAAGAGCAGCAGCAGCCGGCGUUUGUGCACGAGAAUGCAGCAAACCGCGUUUUGGCUUUCACCCGCGGUCAGCUGCUGAUGGUGCUGAACUGCGGGGAAGGCCAGUGGGACUUGGGGUGUACGUACACCCUAAUGAGUCCGUACAGCUCAGGAACAAAUUUAAAACUCAUUUUUAAUUCUCAAGAAGAGUCUUUUGGCGGCUGGAGAGGCAGCGGGGGGCCCCCCGUGCUGCAGGCAGCAGCAGGGGGGGCCCUCAGUCUGGUGCUGCCGAAGUGGGCGUUGUUGGUAUACCAGAAGCUGUGA